GCAAGCAUUAAUUACACACAAACUCUUCCUCCCCCUCUCUCUCUUUUCUAUUUAUUUCCUCCUACUCUCCUGUCUUACGGAUACAAAAAAUUAAAGACUCCACGAUGGCCGGAGGAGGAGGAGGAGAAGAGCUCACGGCGCCUCUGUUGAAAAACACCGCGGAGAACAACGGAAAUGCGGAUGACUUGGGGAUGAAGGAGAAGGUUUGGAUUGAAUCAAAGAAGCUAUGGGUUGUGGCGGCGCCGGCGAUCUUCACGAGAUUCUCUACGUUCGGAGUUUCAAUGAUAAGUCAAGCUUUCAUAGGCCAUCUUGGCCCAACCGAGUUGGCCGCUUACUCCAUCACCUUCACUAUUCUCCUCCGUUUCAGUAACGGUAUCUUGUUAGGCAUGGCCAGUGCAUUGGAAACACUAUGUGGUCAAGCUUACGGAGCCAAACAAAACCAUAUGCUCGGGAUCUACCUCCAAAGGUCAUGGAUCGUCCUCACAGGUUGUACCAUUUGCCUCAUACCCAUCUUCAUCUUCUCUGGCCCUGUCCUCUUAGCCUUAGGUCAAGAGGAACGUAUUGUCCGUGUGGCUCAGAUCAUAGCUCUGUGGGUCAUAGGCAUCAACUUUUCCUUCGUGCCUACCUUCACUUGUCAAAUGUUUCUCCAAGCUCAGAGCAGGAACAAGAUCAUUGCCUAUGCAGCUGCUGUCUCCUUAGGGCUCCAUGGCUUCUUCUCGUGGCUCCUAGUGGUUCAUUUCGAGUUCGGGAUCACUGGUGCUAUGAUCUCGACGCUCGUUGCGUACUGGUUCCCUAACAUUGUACAGCUCUUGUAUGUCACGUGCGGUGGGUGUAAGGAUACGUGGAGAGGAUUCACUAUUCUGGCGUUCAAAGAUUUAUGGCCUGUCUUCAAACUAUCUUUGGCUUCCGGUGGAAUGCUUUGCUUAGAGCUAUGGUACAAUUCGAUCUUGGUACUACUCACUGGAAAUUUGAAAAACGCAGAGGUGGCUCUUGAUGCACUAGCAAUCUGCAUCAGCUUUAAUGGACUGGCGAUGAUGAUAUCACUUGGUUUUUUGGCAGGAGUAAGUGUACGAGUCUCCAACGAACUCGGUAGAGGGAACGCAAAAGCAGCCAAGUUUGCAACAUUGAUAGCGGGUUUAACGUCACUACUUAUAGGAACAGUUAUGUUCUUCGUCUUCUUGUUUCUAAAAGGAAGAAUUUCCUACAUUUUCACUACAAGUGAAGCUGUCGCCGCAGAAGUUGCCGAUCUUUCUCCACUGUUAGCCAUUUCCAUACUCUUGAACAGUGUUCAACCCGUUCUUUCUGGAGUUGCAGUGGGAGCAGGAUGGCAGGGAUAUGUGACUUACGUUAACCUUGCUUGUUAUUACCUUGUCGGAAUACCUUUGGGUGCAAUCCUUGGCUACGUCGUUGAUUUGCAAGUCCAAGGUGUAUGGAUGGGGAUGAUCUUUGGAACAUUUGUUCAGACUUGUGUGCUUACCAUCGCGACUCUCAGAACAGAUUGGGAUCAACAGGUAUCUACGUCGUUGAGAAAUUUAAACCGGUGGGCUGUACAAGAAUCUAGGGAUGCAAAUCAAAUUUCAUCAGAGGAAUAAUAUUCUUUUACGAUGAUAUAUUUGGUCACCGAGUUGUCUGCUUAUUCUAUUAGUUAUACCAUUGUUAUUUGUUUUUUGAAGUAUUGCUACUCUACACUUGUUAACGUGUAGGUAGCAUCAUAACAAGAAUUCGAUUUGUAACGAGUUAAAUCCAACGCUUUUAUAUUUAUUCGGGAUUAUGGUUGAAACU